GUAACUUCAAGGCUGACUUCUAAAAAUAGUCUUCUGGCACAUUGCCAGCAUGGGGCGGUUGGGAAGUCACAAAAUGGACUAGCAGGUUUGAUUUUAAAAAGACUCCGCAAGAGUUAAUGAAAACGGAGCUCCUCCUGGCAUGUAACACUUCUGGCCUGUGAAUUCCACGGAAUGCAGCGAUCCUACAGUGCUCUGUGGCUAGUGGAGGACCUGGAAUCCAGUUCAUGGAUGACGGUGUGAUAUUUUAAUACAAAUGUACUUGACACACAUUGUAAUCUCUAACCUGAGAAUUGAACCAUUUCUGGAACGUCGUAUAACAGUAGCUAUGGAAACAGAGCUCUCCUAUUAGACAAGCAGGAAGGAGGAUAAAGCUGCUUUGAGAGACUGCGCUGUGUUCAGCUGUGCCAAGCCCAAAAGGACAGGGACAUUUCAACAGCAAAGGCUUAAUUUUGAAAACAAAACCAUUUAGAUGUUGCUUGCAGACCGUAUGAAAGAGAAGCUGCUGCAGACGGACUUUGUAUAAAGAGAUGCUGCUCGCUCAGAAAGAAGAAGAAAGUUGAGGAACAAAAUCUAGACGGGUGUCUGGGCUCAGGGUCUGCACUGCCCGCUGGGGACCUGGCCGAUCCAGCGCUGGGCAUGGAGAGCAAGGAGCGGUAUCGCAAUCCCACCGAGGUGCAGAUGAGCCAGCUGGUGCUGCCGUGCCACACAAACCACCGCGGCGAGCUGAGCAUCGGGCAGCUGCUGAAGUGGAUUGACACCACAGCCUGUCUUUCUGCCGAGAGACAUGCUGGCUGCCCCUGCGUCACGGCUUCCGUGGAUGAUAUCUAUUUUGAGCACACGAUUAGACAGAUUCAAAUAAUGCCUCCCUGGCAGCAGCAUGGGAAGAACGAUGUCUGUGUUGGGCAAGUUGUUAACAUCAAAGCCAAAGUAAACCGAGCCUUUAACUCUAGCAUGGAGGUUGGCAUACAGGUCAGCUAUGAAGAUCUGUGCAGCGGGAAGCAGUGGAAUGUGUGUAAGGCCUAUGCUACUUUUGUUGCACAAGGCAAAGCAACUGGCAAGAUGAAGCUAAAGCCGCUGACUCCUCAGACAGAGGAAGAGAAGAUGGAAUACAGCAUUGCUGCUGAGCGCCGCCGAAUGCGGCUGGCCCACACUGACACCCUCAAGGAUCUCCUCACCAACAGCACCAUGCAGACUGAGCGUGAGAAUGGAGACUGCAACACCGUGGUGCCUGCUGAAAAGACGAGGGUGGAGAGUGUGGAACUGGUGCUGCCCCCUCAUGCCAAUCAUCAGGGAAACACGUUCGGCGGCCAGAUCAUGGCAUGGAUGGAAAACGUUGCCACGAUAGCAGCAAGCCGGCUGUGCCAUGCCCACCCCACUCUGAAGACCAUUGAAAUGUUCCAUUUCAGGGGACCAUCACAAGUUGGGGACCGUCUCCUGUUAAAAGCUAUUGUUAAUAAUGCAUUCAAAAACAGCAUGGAGGUUGGCGUUUGUGUCGAGGCCUAUCGACAGGAAAUGGAAGUUAGUCGAAGACAUAUCAACAGUGCCUUUAUGACAUUUGUUGUCUUGGAUCAAGAGGGUCAGCCCAGUACCCUUCCGAUGGUGAAACCAGAAGCUGGGGAUGGUGAGAGACGGUACCGAGAAGCCAGUGCUAGAAAAAAAAUCCGAUUGGACAGAAAAUACAUCAUUUCCUGUGAACAGACAAAAGUGCCAUUGUCAGUGCCCUGGGACCAAAGUAACAAGGUUUAUCUGAGCUACAACAAUGUUUCUGCACUGAAGACGCUUGUAGCGAAAACCAAUUGGGUACUCGCCACAGAAAUAGACAAGGUCAGGAUGUACACGCUGGAGGAAGACCAGUACCUCUCCUUCCGAAUAGAGAUGUCCCUCUGCAUUGAUGCAACGCAGGCCUUCUUCCUUCUGUCAGACUUAAGAAAGAGGCACGAAUGGGAUAGAUAUUAUGCGAGCGCUGAGCUCGUGCAGCAAGUUGAUGAAGACGACAUGAUCUACCACGUGCUUAGUCAGACUGUUAGUCAAGAAAAGAAGUCUCAGGACUUCGUCAUCCUGGCGUCACGAAGAAAACCUUGUGAUGAAGGUGACCCAUAUGUCGUCGCGUUCAGGUCGGUCACGCUGCCCACCCAUCCACCCAACCCUGAGUACACCCGAGGGGAGACGAUGUGUUCUGGCUUCUGUAUUUGGCAGGAGACAGCUGAGCUAACCAAGGUGUCCUAUUACAACCAGGCUGCUCCAGGAUACCUAGCUUACGUCACAACUAACAUUGCAGGACUGUCCUCGGACUUCUAUGUUACCUUCAAAGCCUGUGAGAGAUUCCUGCAGAAGAACAAGGAUGAGAUCGCAGUCGGGCUUCAGAAUCUGUAACUGUUGGCCCUUUUUGCACAGUGCUGUGUGAUUAUCUUGUACAUAUUGAAGCGACUGGUCUGUGUAGGUGAGAGCACAUGGAGAGUAAUUACUUAGAUAAUGUUAGUGGCAUUGCUAGGAGCACAAUGACUUGAAAUCAUCUAUUGUAGCAUGACUAAAAUCCGCUCUUCUCUCUAGUGUGCUUGAUGAUGGUGAGAAAUGUAAUGGCUGGAGCCAAUCUACCUAAUCAGGGAGAGGGAUUAUUAAGGCCAAACUCUGUGGCAACUAUUAUGGUUUAUCUGAGUGCAAAAUUUGGCCUGGGGUGGGAUGGAGAGAGAGGUCCACGUGGUUCCUACAUGGCCAGUGUUUCAUUGUGAAGUCAGUCAGCUCAUUCUAAGGUCUAGGGCUAGAGCAGCGUGUAAUCUGCUUAAAAAGCACUAGCCUUAUUUUAUUUGUAUUCCGUCUUGUAACCUCAUGUUCAGGAAUUGACUUUCUGACAGCAUCACCCGCACUUGAACCUUUGUACAAAAGUAAAGGUUACUAAAUGGAUUAUUUUUUUCACCAGUUCUUGUAAUCCAAUGGAGGAACUGUCCAUCUUUUAAUCCAAUGAAGUAAAUCAGGACAGGAUUUGGGUGGGGGAGAAGGCCAGCCUGGUCUCCUGUAACACAGUACUGUUGGAUUUGACACACUAGGCAUUAUGAUGCAGGAUACCUCAUUGAUGUGCUGCAAUUCCAUGUUCUGUCUUUCACACACCAUAAAAAGAAUGGGAGUGGUAAUAAAGAAGCCCCAUUCACCUUCUGACCUCAGGAGUUCGUCUCGCCGGGUUUUCUUUAGUUACUGAGUAUUUUUCUUGAUCAGCCCCAGAGUAAGGGAAAUUGAACUGUUUUCUGUGGGAAAUUGAUUCUUCUUGUUUAAGAAUUUUUAAACCUGCACUGCUGCUGUCUGAAGGAUUUUCUCCCCCUUUGUUGGUAAAUAAAGCACAACUAUGGGGAUGGA